UUGGUUUGGGUAAAAUCAUCGAACGCCUACAGUGAUACAUUUGGUAAAUAACUAGGCUCCUGGUUCCUAGCCUCAGAUAAGGUGGCUUUUCAGUUUCCUCUGCAAAACAGCCAAUAUUUCCGUAUGCGUAUGCAGUGUUGUUUCAUUGGGAAAUAAGAUUAAUUUCCUACAAGUAAGAGUUUCAUAUCAUCAAAACAUCCUGACUGAGUGUAACAUGUUGCUAGUGGCCUUGUUAUUUGAUGAUAUAAUGAUACUAUUUGAUAUAACUUGUAUACUAGAAGUACAUAUCAAGCUCUGCACUGAAGAGAUAUCACAUUUAUACCUGUUCUAGCGGAUUCCAUUCUACAGAAAGAAAAAAGAUACUCUCAUCAAUCGAAUGGGAAUACAAAUUUGAAUUCGAAGUUAUCCAAGUUUAGAACUUUAGAAGCUCAGAACAUAUUUUAAGAAAUAGAAAUUAAAAGGUUCCUGACUGGGCCAAAUCUCUGAAUGGUCACUGGCCAGCAUGAAUAUCAAGAUACUGUGACCUCUCCAUCCAAACUUGUUUCCUAUCGAUAUUCCAACAUUAGUCAGGUAAAAAACCAGCAAAAUAAUAAUGUAUACACGAAUACAUGAGAUAAUUUUAUAUAGCUACAUCUAGAUAUAGAGCAGUAUCACUGUUUAAGCAACAGUUGCAUCACCCAGGCAUAGAUAACAUCUUAAUAUAGAUGGAAUAUUUGUAUCUAGUUUUCUCAGUGCAAUGCUGAGUUUCUGUCACGAGACCAGAGACCAUGAAUAUCUGUUCGUUAAUAUUCUUAUGUAUCGUAUUCUAUGCAGAAUGUAAAUGAUAUGGAACUGUAAUCUGUAUUCUGAAAACUAUAUUUUACCUUGUUAAAUAUCCAAUUUGUUUGUAUUGAUAAUAACUUACUGAAGUUUUCAUGUGAAUCGAAUUUAAGCAAUGAUGUCGAUUACAGAACCGAGUAGAUGCUACUUAUCAUUAUAUAUGAUAUUACAUUUCUUUGUCAAGAUAAUUUCACACUCUUGCUAUUCAACUCGUUUAUUGAACUCGUAAAUUUACGUAAUUACGUACAGAUAUUGCAUAUCAAUUAUGCGCAAAAUUGUAUAAAUGUUUAAUCGAAUUUGGGGUUGUAACAAUUUGGUGUUGGCAAAUGGUACGCAUAAUUUUCGAUUAAUCAAUGUGCUUAUGAGUAUCGAGUAUGAAUGUGCUGAUAACACAUCCAUAUGAAUUCGUCACGGUGUAAACACACAUGUAGACAUGAUCUGAUACACACAAACUUAAUCCUCGGUCUUAACUACAUUACAAACAAUGCAAUACUCUAAUUUAAUGAAGCUAUAAUACUCAGCAAUCCUUAUAAAAAUGCGCUUACAAGAAGAACAGCACUCCUUCAUCUACGUCCAGAAAAUUACCAUGUGUUCAUUUAUGGACCGGUGCUGUUUUAAGACACAAUAUAACAGUAUAUAACUAUAAGCACUGCAUAUGUAAUCGAAAUUCUAUAUCAUUUAACGAUAUCACGGAAGUGUACUAUUUGCUGAAGCUUGUAAGUUACUAAGCUGGUUACUAAGCUGGUUACUACCCAGUAGCUACCUGAUAACAGCAAGGAACUAACAUAGCGCUAUUUAGUGCUAUUUAGUGCUAUUUAGUGCACUAUUUAUAUUGCUUUUAACAUAGCGCUAUUUAGCUCAAGACAUGUCCGACACCCAAUCUCGAGACCGUGGUCGCCGCAGUGAUGUUGAUAACCGUGGAGAACGUGGCAGUGAUUCACGCGAAGAGCGCAAACGCCCCUGGAGGAGCGAGGCAGGCGACAGAGACGGAAGAGAGGAUCGGGGUUUCAAGCAAAUGAAGCCAGGAGCAAUCGGAAUGAAGGUUCUGGUACCUAACUCUCUUGUGGGAGCAAUCAUAGGCAAGGGAGGCGAAGAAAUGAAGAAACUAAAAGAAGAAAGCAGUUGUUUCAUCAGACUCUCUCAGAACGACAAAUAUUUCCCAAACACCAACGAGAGACCUUGCUACAUUGAGGGUGUCCCAGAGGACAUUGUCAAAGCUAUACAGACCAUUCAGGAGAAGUUAGCCAACGAUAACCCCAGACGAGGUCCGAGUAUAGACGAGACAAGAAAGAAGCAGUGUAAAAUAGUAGUGGGAGCUAACGCAGCAGGAAAGUGUAUCGGUAAAGGUGGUGAGAACGUGAAACGGCUGAAGAGCGAGUUUAGUGUUUGGAUCAAAGUUAUGGGCAGAGACGACUCUAUCCCUGGGUUAGAGGAGAGGACCAUCACGGUGUCUGGAGACAACGACAACACUCUCAAAGCUAUCAAGGAUAUCCUGGAGAUGUCAGUGCAACUGAACAAUGGUGGAACUGACAAGAACUUAGACUACGACAACUUCAUGAGUGGCGCACCUGCUGCUGCUCCAGCUGGUAACCAAGGUGGUUAUAACCAGGGUGGUGGUUAUCAGAACAACCAGGGUAACUUCAACAACCAGGGCGGCGGCCAAGGAGGGUACAACAAUCAGAUGGGAGGAGGAGGAACAUACGGAGCUAGAGCUGGAAGUCAGGGCGCUCCAGCCCCUAACGUAGCACCAGUCGGCAGAUCUGGCAGUCAGGGUCCUCCUGGCCCAGUCAACAACAUGGGCGGCUUCAACAACAUGGGUGGACCUGGCCCUAACAACAUGGGUGGACCCGGACCCAACAACAACAUGGGAGGACCUGGCCCCAAUGCCCCAAUUGGUGGACCUGGACCUAACAUGGGUGGAAACAUGGGAGGAAACUUCAACAACCCUACUCCGCCUGUGCAACAAUACGGUAGCAACGCAGCAACUCAACAGUUUGGUCAGCCCGGACAAUUCCAAGGCAACAUUCAGCAGUAUCCCAACAACAACAGCAGCAAUCCCAGCAAUAUCCCAAUUCAGCAAUACCCAGGCAGUGACAGUCAGAGUAGUGGCUAUGGAAGCAACCCCGGCACUGGUGGUGGUGGUUACAAUAACCCCAACCAAGGAGGUGGAUAUAACCAGGGCAGUCAAGGUGGAUACAACCAAGGUGGACAAGGCGGCUACAAUCAGACACCAGCUAGUGGUAAUCCAGGCCAAGGUGGAUAUAACCAAGGGUACAACCAGGGUGGUAGUGGAGGAAGUGGUGGUGGUUACCAGGGUGGUAGCCAAGGUGGAUUCCAAGGUGGAAACCAAAGUGCACCUUAUCAGGGUGGCAAUCAGAGAGGUGGUUUCCAGCCAAGUGACAGCCAAGGCGGAGGUUACCAAGGAGGCAACUUACAGGGUGGUCGUGGCGGUUUCCAGAGUAGUCGUGGAGGGAACCAAGGCGGUGGAAGAGGUGGAUUCAACAGCCGCGGAGCUGGAGGUAGAGGUGGUGCCCCAAGUGGUGGUGCUGGUGGAGACCGUGGUAACGCUAGAGGAAGAGGGGGAAGCCGUGGACGAGGUGGACCAAGAAAUUAACUGUGACUUUAAAAACAAAAACACCCUCAUAACACAUAAAACACUUGACUGAACAUGAGGGACUUGUUGUUGAAAUGUACCUUUUAUUGGUUACCAGCCUUAAGUCUUUUAAUGACGAUGUUACUUGAUACAUAUUUGUUUGAAUGUUAAGAUUUAUGAUAGCAGCUGAUUUACCCACCAACCCACUAAUGUAAGCCCACGUGCUGCUAGGUCACGUGUUAGUCCACGUGCUGCUUGAGUGCUUGACAAUGUUUACAUUUCAUGGAAAGGUGCACUUUUGAGUUCUGCUUUCUCACAGAGCUGCUUUCCGAUCAUCUGCCUGAAUCACAUAUAUUUGUUUAAGUGUCGACUGCCGAAGAUAUUAUUUAUAAUUUUACAGUAAUAAACUGUAUUUAAUUUUCAAUAUAAUCCGUAUUGAUAAUUUUAAAAACAGCAGUUUAUUUUUAUAUAUAAA